AUGGCGUUCUUCUUACGACGCCCAUUUGCCGUACCGACGGCUUUGCGUCAAGUCCCCAAAACUGCGAAUACUGCUCGGUUCAUCCACAGCUCUCCUUUCAAGCCCGUUCAGCCGAAGCCUCUGAGCCCCGCCUCUUCUUCCAUCUUCGCAAAGUCCAAACAGAGCUUUCAGAAUGCCUUCCGUCGCACAUAUAUGCAACAGACCUAUGGCCAGUCGCAGAGCGGUGAUUUGACCCAGAAACUCAUCUAUGGUGCGGCUAUUGUCGGUGGAACUAUUCUCGCAACAAACUUCAUUUUCAACCGGGAAACAAGAGAAGAUGGUGGAAUGCCUCAAUAUGAGCGCAGCUAUCUGAACGAAACAUUCAUGCACACUGGACUUGGAAUCGGAAUUAUCGGCAUUGCCGCUCGAGCUCUGCACAUGAACGGAUGGUCCUACCGUCUGAUGGCUGCCAACCCUUGGCUUGUUGCUGGUCUGGGCUUGGUCGCGAGCAUCGGAACAAUGUACGGAACUCUCUAUACCUCGCCUGAUAACUACGUUGUGAAGUAUGGUCUCUGGACUGGUUUCAACAUCACUCAGGCUGCCCUUUUGUCUCCCCUGAUGUUCAUGCACCCAGCCUUGCUCGCUCGUGCCGGUCUUUACACUAUUGGAUUGAUGGGUUCGAUUGCUUUCGUCGGUGCCACCGCUAAGCAGGAGAAAUACCUAUACCUAGGCGCUCCUCUGCUCGCUGGUGUGACCAUUGUCGCUCUCUCCGGCUUUGCGCCACUCGUUCUCCCCUCCACCGCCACCCGCGCCCUGAUGUGGUCUGAGAAGAUAUGGCUUUACGGCGGUCUUGCUGUCUUCGGUGGCUUCACCCUGUAUGAUGUCCAGAAGAUUCUGUACCACGCCCGCAUGGCCCAGAGAGGUCUGGUCCGCAAAGACGUUGUCAACGAAAGCAUCAGCCUCGAGUUGGAUUUCAUCAACAUCUUCAUCCGUAUGGUCCAGAUUCUGGGUAUGCGAAGCCAGAACCGGAAGUAA